AGUGAGAAGAAGAAGAAAAAAGGACGGUGGACCUUGUGGAUCCAUGGCCUGGGCUGCCUGUUGAUAGGUUACCUCUUGGUUAGAAGUUCUUCAUCCACAAUGACCCUGGACAGGAUCCUGCAGGCUGCCAGGCAAGGGGAUCUGGACACCCUGAGAAGCCUGCACACGGAGGAUCUGCUGGAUCCCGGCUUGAGGGAUCCCAUGGGUGCCUCUGCGGUCCACCAUGCGGCGCGGUCAGGGAAACUCAGCUGUCUGCGCUAUUUAGUGGAUGAAGCGCUAUUAGAAGGCAAUUGUCGCGCUAGAAAUGGAGCUACCCCGGUCCAUGACGCCGCAGCCACCGGUAACCUAGCCUGCCUGCAGUGGCUCCUGACCCAGGGAGGCUGCGACUUCGAGGACAAAGACAAUUCUGGUGCCACUAUUCUGCAUUUAGCAGCCAGGUUUGGCCACCAUGAAAUAAUUGGUUGGUUAUUGCGUUUUGGAACCAACGAUGCUAUGGUAGCUACAGAUACGGGGGCACUGCCUGUGCACUACGCCGCGGCCAAAGGAGAUCUCACUGCUUUGCAGCAUCUCUUAGAGUACUGUCCAAAUGCUAUCAAUUCUCAGACGAAGAACGGUGCCACUCCCCUCUAUCUAGCCUGUCAAGAGGGACAUUUGGAAGUUAUCCAGUAUCUUGUCAAGGACUGUGGAGCUGACCCACACAUAAGAGCCUCUGAUGGAAUGACCCCUCUGCAUGCGGCUGCCCAGAUGGGCCACACCACAGUCAUUGUUUGGUUGAUGAGUUUUACAGACAUCAGUCUCUCUGAUCAAGAUGCUGAUGGAGCAACCGCCAUGCAUUUUGCUGCUAGCAGAGGUCAUGCCAAGGUCCUGAGCUGGCUCCUUCUCCAUGGGGGUGACAUGAGCACUGAUAACUUUGGAGGAACCCCUCUACACGAUGCUGCUGAGAAUGGAGAGCUAGAGUGCUGCCAGAUUCUUGUGGUUAACGGGGUUAAACUUGGAAUCCGAGACCUUGAUGGGUACACAGCUGCGGACCUUGCAGACUAUAAUGGACACGUCCAUUGUGCUAAAUAUCUCAGGACCGUGGAAAAUAUGAGUGUAGAACAUCGAGUUCUUUCUCGUGACCCUUCUGCAGAUUUGGAAUUAAAGCAGCCUGAUUCGGGUAUGUCUUCUCCAAACAAUACAAUGUCAACUCAACCAGCUCAUUUCGACAUUGGUUCUCCAUCCAGCACGUUGUCAAACUAUGACUCAUGUAAUUCAAGCCAAUCUAGUGUCGGAGACAAGAAGCUGAACCAACACACGGGACCCCCUGAAACGGCGAUUGGCGACAUGCAGACUUACAUGGACAUGCUAAAUCCAGAAGUGGGACCGAAUAGCGCUAAGAAGGGUGACGGUCCGCUCGCUCCUCCUCCGCCUCCGGCGUUUCCACCGCCUCCACCUCCUAUUGCGGAUUCUAAACCCCCUCCGCCCCCAUGCUAUCCUGCCCCAAGCCCCCCGGAGGGGCAGCAUACAUCGGAAAUGUACGUCCAAGCAAAGAACAACCUCCGACAUGUCGACAAUGAGAUGUUGAACGAAGAGGUAAGUCAAUGCAAAUGAAUUGAAAACAGUCCAGAAGGUCUACGCAGGGCGGAUUCCUGUAGGAAGUCGAGAAACUUCAACAAACAGCCCAGCACUGGAGAUUAUUAUAAAUAUCUCGGUCAGAACCCAACAGAACCAUCAGAACAUAAAAAGAUGGCACACAGCGAGGAGGGAUCUCUUCUCUCAAAUGAAACUGUACACAACGGCAAUGCUUCUGACAAAAAACCUUUGGGGAAUAUACCACCUCCACCAAUUCCUCCUCCACUCCCAGAAAACCUGUGCUAUCCUCCGCCUCCACCUCCAUUGCCAACCGAGGCUUCAGUCGCAAGUUCCAUCCACCGUCGCUCAUCCAAUUCUACUGGAAAAGUGAAAGCUCUCAGACAAAGGAAGAGUACCAAGUCUUUCAACAUGAUGUCUCCAACUGGUGACAAUUCUGAGCUGUUGGCAGAGAUUAAGGCUGGAAAAUGUUUAAAACCAACUCCUCAAAGCAAGGGACUCACCACGAUCUUCUCGGGCAUUGGGAGCCCCGCAACACCACCUCCGUCUUCUCCUGCAACCCCUCCGGCAAACGUGAGCAUCUUGCCCAACAAAACCCCAACAAAGCCCAUGGAACCUGUGCUGAAUGGAAACACUACCCCUCCUGGGCCAGUCCAGAGCACUCAAAUCGACAUAGAGUCACUAAUACCAACCCACGAUGAGCAAGGUCGCUCUAUUCCCGAGUGGAAACGCCAAGUUAUGGUCAGAAAGUUGCAGCUCAAGAUACAAGAAGAAGAAGAGAAAAAACGCACGGAGCAGGAAGAAGCAGCUCGCCUGUCCAGCAUGCCAGCAUGGCGUAGAGAAAUCAUGAGGAAGAAAAUGGAGGAGGAGAAAGAACAAAAGCGGAAAGAACAGGAGAAGGUAAAGAAAGAAGACGAAGAACGGGAAAAGCAACAAUCUGAAAAGCUAAGAACUCUGGGUUAUGACGAAACAAAGUUAGCACCUUGGCAGAGGCAAAUUAUUUUAAAGAAAGGGGACAUCGCAAAACAUUAGUUUCCAGAAAAAAACAAGAAAAAACCCCUUCAUCCUCAUAACGUAAACUCAAAACUAUAGAUUUCCACUGCCAGCUGGUCAAUACGUAAAUGUCAAGCGAGUGUUGGGGAUGCCGUUAAAUCCUGCUCUGGCUCAUAAAUUUAACCCUUUGAUUGCCAGAGGGGUCAGCCAAACAGCCAACCCUUUACGCCUAGCUGGCCUCUCUGGCAGUCGGUGUCAAAAUAUCAUUCUUGUCCGUAGGGGAAUCGAGUUGAACCCUGAAAGAUCAUUGCGGUGCAGCGGGUGUUUAGGUUGCGUUGGUUUUACAAAUUUACACAAAAGAAACGUUUGUUUUUGUCCCAAUUUUAAAGAAUUAAAGCAGAAUAUUCCCGAAAAAAAAAAGGCAGACGCGGCACCCAUCUUAUUAAUUAUGUGCUCUGGCUUAGGAAUCAAAGUAUCAAAUUUCUUACAGGUCAAGUUCUAUAGAAGAUCAUGAACAGGAUUACCUUACCUCUGUUCUGCUGGUAAAUAAAAAAAAAAUACAUGAAAAUGUAUAUAAAAAUUAUCUAGGGAGCCACUUAGUUAACUUAGUGGUAGAAAUGACUGCCCUGUAACAUGUAUAUUGCAUUCAUCCAUUCAACCUAUUGAUCAGCUUUCACAUCGUAAUUCGCGGCCAGAAGUAGAGAAAUGCCCCCCGAUAAAUCCUCUUUAAAUGUUGUAUGUAAAUAAAUCACUCAAUGUUUAACUAAUGUUAGAUAUUAGGGAAUGUAAAAUGCGUUGAGUGUACAAUAUCUUUUUUUUUUUUUUGCAGAAUACAUAUUUUAAAGAAAGGAUAUAUGGUAAAAAAAUAAAAUAUAUUGACAUAUUUGGUUUAUAAGUUAUAUAUAUAUACACAGAUGCCAUACUCAAUGUUAUUGCCAUUAUAGCAACUAUUUUCUAUAAAUUGUCAUUAUUUUCCUGCUUCCUUCUAGGAAUCAUGCUCGGCAUUUAUGAAAAACAAAUAUCUAUAUUGUCUAAACACUAAGAAAAUAAAUCUAUAGUAUGUUUAAACUUC